CUUCCAGUCUCCACCCGUUACCUGACCUUCCCAACCUCUUCCGGUUCCGUCAGUGAGCUCUGUACCCCUGCGAAGGAGAAACAGAGCCAGACUUCCUUCAAUAUAGAAGGAGAACUGAUUCGCCCAAAAAAUUUGUUCCGAAACCAUGCCCGCGAAACUCGUUCGCCAGGGAGGAGUGUUCCUCCAGCACCUCAACAUCAGCGAUGCUUUCUCACGUCCCGUCCGUCAAAUGAUCUCUCACGCCCACGUUCAACGUCUUUCGAUGUUAUCCCGUGGUCGGUUUGUCGGUGCAAUCGCGGCACGCGCCCCUCUUCUGUCCCGAGGCUUGACGAACACAUACGCGACUGCGGCUCAGGCCAAGGCUUCAGAGCCCAAGGCGGCCAACUCGAUCCCCAAGGUCCGAAAGGUGCAGGCGACCGAGUCCAAGGGGAGCGCCAAGGUGAAGAAGACGAAUGAGGCGACAGGAAAGACGAAGAAGGCCACGAAGAAGGCCACGAAGGAGCCGAAGCCGCGACAGAAGAAAGCUCUGACUCCCGAACAGGAAGAGAAGCUGAGUUUGCGCGAGAAGAAGAAGCAGAUCAAAGAAUGCAAGGCCCUAUGUCUCACCCCGCCUCGGUUGCAUCCCACGACGGCGUAUGCUGUGGCUCGCAAUGAGGCCGGGAAAUUACUUGCCAAGGAGGGAUUACAUAUGCAGGGCGUAUAUAUGAUCAAUGAACUCCAAGAGCGCAUUCGGAAUCUGCGAUCUGAGCAGGCCGAGGAAUACGAACGCAUUGCGGAGGAGAACAAGAAAUUGAACGAGCAAUUAAUGGCUGAUUGGAUCAAGACCUACACUCCUGCUCAAAUCCGCGAUGCCAACAUUGCCCGGCGCAGGCUUGUCAAACUUACCGGCAAACGGCAAUCCAGACUUUCCCUGAUCGAGGACCCUCGCCUGGUUGCCCGCCCCCUACAUCCUUAUGCCCUCUUCACCAAGACUCAAAUCCUGGAAGAUCCUCACCUCGGCAAUCUUCCCUUGGCUGAGCGGAGUCAACGUAUCAGUGCCUUGUGGAAGGCCUUGUCGCCGGAGGAGAAAAAGGUAAUGUUCAAGAUCAAAUCGUAGCAGUGGCCGCGUUGGAGAGCACUAACACCAGAUGGCAGGCUUACAACCAGGCUUACCGAGAGGACAAAGAGCGUUACCUUCGCGAGUAUAGGGAGGUCUAUGGCGACGAGCCUUUGAACCUUCCCAAGGCGCGACGCGAGUAAGGAUAGGGACCAGGAGACCGUGAUACGACCAUC